GGAUCCACUCAAAACAAACCUGUCCACGAACUAUCGUAAAGAGUCUAGACAUCGCAAGGGAGGCUACUCGUUUUUAAAGUCAAUGCAAAAAGUUGGACGAGUCUUUACCGUGCGCCAUCUUACGAGUCAAACGCCAGUCCAAGAGGUGGUACAAUGAGAACAGGAAGAACAAGAAUACUGUUUAUUAUCGCUCAGAACAACGCAUCAUGGACAAGGAACAAUCCGGUUUAAGAUGUGGUUAUUUACUUAUUCAGAACCAGAAAAAGAAAUGGAAAGCUCGCUGGUUUGUUCUAUGUGAGGAUAGGUUGUGUUGUCAUCACAAAUACAACAAGUCGGUUUUGCUCAACACUCUUCACCUCUCAGGUUGUGCAGUGACCUCGCCCUGCAAUGACUUGCCUGACACAAGUCACCAGAGUCUUUUGAAGAUCUGCACUCCAGAUGGGGAAGAGAUCUACUUUCAGUCUGGUGGGUCUGAGGAUCGUGAUGGCUGGGCUCACGCUUUAGGAGCAGUCAUUCGAUCAUUAACUACAUCACAUCAGAUUUCCCAGGAUAAAAUGCCUUUUCAAGACUUCAGGACCUAUGCCAAUGUCAGUGAAAUCAUUGGAGCCCUUCAGGACCCUGACGCAGGCAUAGCUACAUCUAAUCAUCUGCGGUGUGGAAUCCUGUACAAAAACUGCUUUAAAGGCAGUGACAUUGUUGACUGGCUGCUGCGUUGGUCAUUAGUACGCAACCGUGACAACGGGUGUGCCAUGGCCCAGACCUUGUUACGACUUGGCCAUUUCCAGCAGGUAUCACUGAAGGAUGGUUCCACAGUGAGCCCCAAGUUUUCAGAUACCGACCGACUUUACAGAUUUACUUCCAUAAAUCUGAGUUCAAAACGGAACAGCUUCUAUGACAGCACAGACAGUGAUUCCAGCUCCUCUGAUGAAGAGGAUGAAGAUGCUGGUGAUGUUGCAAGACCAAAGAAAGGACGAGUGCUAAAGCAAGCAUUCCUAGCUAAAAAGAAAAAUCUGCGCAAAGGUUGGCGUGUUGUGAAAGUUACCCUGCAAGAUUCCCCUAAGGGUCUGCAAUACUACAGAGCAAUAUAUGCUGCAUGCAUAGAUGAUAAGUUCCCUUUCAAGAUGGCCCUUUUGGAAGGGGCGGUGGUAACAGAGGCUAUCAAGCUGUCUAGCAAAGGUGCCACAACAAAAUCUCCAAGCUAUCGUCUGUGUUUACGUCUUCCAAAGGGAAAGACUAUUACUUUUCAGAUGAAAGAUGAGCAAGAAAAACAAGAGUGGUUGUCCUUGCUUCAGCAAACAAGUCAGAUGGCCGACACACCAAUGUAAACAAUUUGAAACAGAGAAAAGAAUUUUUAGGAUGUUUCAUGUCAGUAUGUCACUUUUUACUAAACCUCACCAUUUUAUUUUUGUAACUUUUUGUUUCUAAUCCCUUCUGUUCUUAGAGGUAAAACAGUGAAAAGAGACAACUAUAUUUUUCUGUAUAGUUGUUCAGUGCCUUUCUAAAUUGGGAGUCUAAAGGAGCCACUUCUUCCUAUCAGGAUCAUGCUUGUUUCCAGGCACACAAUAGAGACAAGUAAAUUACAAAGCAAAGGUUAUCCAAAGACUGCUUCGUUGAAAUAUCAGGGUACUUUGUUCAUGAACCAGGAUACAGAGCCUGGUGGUUAGUGUUCUCAACUAUCAGCUGAUGUUUUUCCAGUUGAAAGUCUAGUCAAGCUUUGUAAUUGGAAAAUUGCCUCAUUUCACCCAGCAGAAAUGAGCUGUUGGUGAGGAAGAAAAAGUUUAGGUUGUCUUCCAUUUGCCAUGGUUAAUCACUUCUUUUCAAAGCCUCUACUGCCAUCAGCCAGUGCGAUACUUUGGCCUGUUUAAGUUCAUGAACAAUAUCAGCAAUAACUAAUACGCAUUAACAAAAUACAGUCAUCACUGAAUUGUUAUAAGUAAUAACAAAAGGUCUCUGGGUGUGUUUCCUGCUUGCCAUCUAAUUCUUAGAGGCAAUCUGAUCAAAGACAAAAGAUACUUUAAUGUAUAAAACCAAAUUUGAGAGGAAUAUAAUUGCACUGCUCAAUAUUAGGUUAAUUAUUGUAUUGGAAUGUAGUGUCUCUAUUCAGAGUGUUUUUGAACAAGUCUGACCUCUCUGAAACUCAGAAGGAAAGAAAAAAAACCAUUUUUGUAGCAUCGGUCAAGUUAUGUCAGUCCUGGGAAGAAAAUACACAAAAGGCAGUUUCAGAUCAUUUUGCUUGAAAGGAUUGGAUUCUUUCUUCCCCCACUCCCCUCUCCUUUUUAAUAUUGUUAUCUCUUGCUAUUGUUAUUCUGAAAUCACGUCACAGGAGACUUUCUGAAAAUGUAAAAUAAAAUGAAGCACACAUUGAAAAUGAACGUUUUAAGCAUUUGUGGCUGUUUAAAUUGAAAGUGUCUCCUCACAAUGUUUGAAAAGUGUAACUUCCAAAUUUUAAAAUACUACAAUAAUUAAUUUUUUCUAUGUACUUUUUAUGAAUAAUACUAUAUUGAAAGUUGUUGACACUGGUCUGUUCCUUGGUGCCUCAAAAAAAGUUUUAUUAAAGAGCAAGUGUAUUUUGAUAGCAUUAACAGAUUUUUUUUUUCUUUUACAAUAAGAAAACACUUUGUCAUUGAUGAAAUGUGAGUUUUGGGAAAAUACAGAAGAUUUAUCCAGAUGUGUUCAUCUUUUUUUUUGAUUUUUAAAACCAGUAUUGUUUUUGUAUUAAGAAUUGGAGGUUUAUCAAUUUAUUAUUUAUAUGGAAUAAAUUUGGGACAUGUUCAGGGUUUCAGUACUGGAUACUGAACAUACCGCCUGGGGAGGGGAUGAUGAAAUUUUUUGGUGUGUUUUUCCUCCUUAAUUGUAAUAAACACUUGUGCACAUAGAUAUUGCUUUCUUGUGUUUCACAAUGCUUUGCAUUUUUGCACAAUCAUGCUUUCAUUAAAUGUGCCUCGUGAGAAGUAUACAUGUAGGAUUUAAACAAUUUUGGGGCAGGGUGAUUACUGUUUACCGCUACUUGCAGGUUGGUGUCAAUUUAUGCUUUAAGACGCAAUCGUCUUAAGGCUGAGGACUAUUUUCACUGCUUGGCAUCUUUGUGGAAAAUUUUAUGUGGUGCCGAGAUAAAUAUCAGACAAGAUAAUAUAUUUGUGAAGGAUUGACUCAAGCGUAAGGAAGGGAGAUGGGAACUGUUUUUAGGCCGAGUCAGCAACUAAGGCUGUAUCAUAGCAAAGCAGCCAACCAUAUGGAGAACAAGCACUGUUUUCCUGAACUGAGCCCAUCCUCAUUGUAUUGGUGGCAGGUGCUAAUCGUGCCACCGGACCACCUGCUCAAGUGUGAGGGAGCAGGACUGCUUUUACAAAAAAAAAAAAUGUGUACUUCUGUAGCAUUGAAUUUGUGACCUGCUAGACCUUAUUUUAUAAGGGGAAAAGUUAGGAUGUUUAGCAUACAUUUGUUACCAAAUGAUUUGGAGAGUCUCAAAUAUUACAAAUCAUGUUUUCUCUUGUCAUGUUGAAAGUUGGCCAUUACAUACAUUCAAGAUGAGUGCUUGCACUUACUGUGAUAUUUCCAGAAAAUGCUCUUCAUAUUAGCAUCCUUGUGACUACUUUUUAAAAGAGAUUAAGAUGGUUCAAAGCCAAUGUGGCUUUAUAUUUGUGAAUGUGUGAACUGUACCAUUGGGAUUCCUCACAACUGGCCAUGGAAGAGACAAAGUAUCUGAACUGCAAGAAAGCAGAUACCAAAGGUUGAUGCAGAUACCAAAGGUUGAUCCUGUAAAUCAUCUGAUAUUGAAAAUUGUAAGAUGGACUUUUUUUUUUUAAUUUCAAUUUACUUUGAAACAGUAGCAGUUGUAAAUAAGCAGACAUCUGUUUAAGAUCAUUUGCUUCUGAAGAGAUUAUUUUUUUAAAAAUUGUGCUUAUAAGAGACUGGGUUUAAAUUCUGCAAGCAAAUCGUAAAAUUGUGAUUGCCUUUGUGAUUUUUAUUUUUUUAAAUUCUAAAUGUUUCUUGCAUUAUAAUAGAGCUCUUCUAGAAGCUUAUGCUGGUACUUUGUCGUCCAAUAGAGACAAAACAGUCUAGCAAAACAAAAGGCUCUAUUCUCAUUUGAUAUUUAUUACCAGAGCCCUGCUUUUCAGUUGCUGAGUUGUAACUUAUUCUUUUUUCUCUUGCACUCCUUUCCUCCUCUUUUCUCUUUCUCUCUAUUCUUUGAUAGAACUAGGUCAGAAAGUUCAGUGACAUGCUGAUGGGGGGCAUUAUGUGGUACAGAUUGUUUAUGCUGCUGGGGGUAUUAUAAAGAGCUUUCAAGUGAUUUUGACAUCGCUAAUGACACAACAUUCCAGAGUAUGGCUGUAUUAAAGUGUUUUGCUUGAAUGUUCUGCAAUGUUGUAUUUUGUAAGCUCACAGAUUGUUAUUGCCAGCCUCACCAGCUAUGUAGUUCUUAGAUCAAUAUGCCCAGAGCUGUCACAACCGUCUUUACCAGCUGUGUUUAAGAAUGUCUUUGUCUUACACAGAAUGUUUAGGUUCCAAAGUGAUUGAUGUGACAUUUUCACUGUUUGCAGACAGUUCUUUGAGAUAGUAUGAUUACAUGCUGUGUGUCAUCUCUACUUUGGUGGAGAGAUCUACUUGCUUGUGACAUUUUAGUUAUCGCGCUUUUAUCUUCUAAUGCUGAUGGGAUAUAUCGUGGUCAUUGCCGUCAUCGUUUAAAUUUGAGCAUUUUAAUGAUAUGCUUAAAAUAUGAAUUUCCAGUUUUUGGUGCCAUGAUUUAAAGCACCUAGUUUUGAGAAGAGAGAGAACAAGAGUGUGUUUGUGAGGGAGAAAGUGAGGUGAACAGGUUUUUAGUAAAAUUUGUGUUGACAUGCUGCAUUUAAGAGUUUUUCAUCCCACAUAAUGCACUGUGCUUUGCUUGUCACUCCCAGUUGUUCUUAUAAGCAUUUGAAGUCACAUAAUACUGAUUAUUGAAGUUUUUUCUUCGGGUGUAUAUAUAUACCUUAGUUUCUUUUUUCUCCUUCAAGCAUAUAUAUGAACUAUACUACUAACAUAUUUUUUGACUACUUGAUCUUUAUUCCCUCCCCUGUGUUACUCGUAAUUUAUUCCCUCCCCUGUAUAACUAUUGUCAUAGUCUACUUGUCUCAAAAAUACAUCUUUUUUAGCUACAGUCUUAUGAAGAAUAAGUUGUUUCUGUAUGUAAAUUUUUUUUUGUUUGUUUUUUAUUAUGACAGAACAUUCUUUUCAUUACAGUAAUAUCCCUGGAAAAAUAAAACAUGAACUGUUUUGGGUUUUUUAAAAAUAAUAGACCAGUUGUGUUGAAGUGAACUACUCUAAUGAAAAGAAAACCCUUCCAUGCAGUUGCCAUAAUGAAAAAAGGAGCAAUAUAUCAGUCUGACAAGCCUUUAUUGUUAUUUAAAGCUUUGUGUGCAUGUGUUGACAACAUUAGUGUUACACCUGAUUUA